AUGGCCAAACCCAGCAGCAAGAUCCACCGUGCUUGGUGGAAGGAGUGCUCCGUCUAUCAGAUCUACCCAGCUUCCUUCAAAGAUUCCAACGAUGACGGCAUUGGGGAUAUUCCCGGCAUCAUUUCCAUGCUCGACUAUAUCAAAAACCUGGGGGUAGAUAUCGUCUGGCUGUGUCCGUCCUACAAAUCGCCUCAGGUGGAUAUGGGCUAUGAUAUUUCCGAUUACUAUAGCAUCGCAGACGAGUACGGUACGGUCGCGGAUGUGGAGAAGCUAAUAGAGGGAUGCCACAAGCGAGGAAUGAAGCUUUUGAUGGACUUGGUGGUCAACCAUACGAGCGACCAGCAUGAAUGGUUCAAGAAAUCCCGCAGCUCAAAGGAUAACCCGUAUCGCAACUGGUACAUAUGGAAGCCGCCAAGGUACGAUGAGCAGGGAAAGCGUCAUCCGCCAAAUAACUGGAUCUCUCAUUUUCAAGGAAGCGCUUGGCAGUACGAUGAGCUCACGGAUGAAUACUACCUUCAUCUGUAUGCCAAGGAACAGCCUGAUCUCAACUGGGAGCACCCACCCGUGCGCGAGGCAGUCCACGACAUUAUGCGGUUUUGGCUGGACAAGGGGGCGGACGGAUUCCGGAUGGACGUGAUCAACUUUAUCAGCAAAGAGCAGAGCUUCCCUGACGCCGAUGGUCUGGGCCAGAUCCUGAAAGAAUAUGACGCUUUCAGUGUUGGGGAGAUGCCUUUCGUCAAAGACACGGAGGAGGUUCUGAAGGCUGUCCGGUUCGACCGCAACGAGAUCAACAUGAUCUUCAACUUUGAGCAUGUGGAUAUUGACCACGGAGAAUUCGACAAGUUCAUGCCCGGAAGCUGGAAGCUUACUGAUUUAAAGGCCUUCUUUGAGAGAUGGGAGAAGUUCAUGUAUGAAAACGAUGGGUGGAAUGCUCUGUAUUGGGAAAACCAUGAUCAGCCGCGGUCGAUUGAUCGAUACACCCAGGCAAAGGAGGAGCACCGCCUGGUAGCCUCCAAGCUACUCGCUACCAUUCUAACGCUCCAGGCUGGCACACCGUUCAUCUACCAGGGUCAGGAACUAGGCAUGAGAAAUGUGCCAGUGGAAUGGGGAAUCGAGGAGUACAAGGAUAUUGACUGCCUCAACCAUUGGCAUGAACUGCUAAAAACCAAGCAAUUCGACACUAAAGCGCAGCAGAUUGCCAAGCAGGAGUAUCAGAAAAAAUCACGAGACAACGCGCGCACGCCAGUUCAAUGGAGCCGGGCACCGAAUGGAGGCUUCACAGGGCCCAAUGUGAAGCCCUGGAUGUCAGUCAAUCCGGACUAUGUGCGCAUCAACGCCGAGGCAGAGGUCAACGAUCCCAACUCGACGUACCACUACUGGGCGUCUGUUUUGGGCCUUCGCAAAAAAUAUCUGGAUGUCUUCGUGUACGGUAACUUCGAGACGGUGGACCGCGAUAGCCAGGAGGUCUUCGCGUAUACUCGACAAUAUGAGAACCAGAAGGCGUUAGUUGUGGGCAACUUUACGGACAAGACGCUGGAGUGGAAUCCUGCUGCCAACGGCAUCAAGGGUGUAAAGGAGGUGCUUCUCAACACUUAUGAAGAAGUAAAGAAAGCGUCACCGAGAUUUGAUGGAGAGAAGUGGUCUCUUCAACCGUAUGAAGCGGUUGCGGUACUUGUGCAGGAGUAA